AUGACGUCGAAAGAACAGAGCAAUCAAGAACGCUGGGCACCACCAGUCAAAGGGCCGAUGCACUCUCAGGGUGACUUUGAGAGCCACAGUUUCGAGUUCAUCAAGCAUCUCACCAUUUCUCGCGACCAGACCAAAAGAAGCGACUUCGAAAACGAAAGGCUUUUGGCACUUGGAGAAAAGCCAGAUGCCCGAUUCCACAUCCAGCCGAACCCCAUACCGGCGGAAGGCCAGGCUGCUGGCGGUGCUACUCAGCCUUUCAAGGGGCAGAGUCAGCAAGAGCAACCGGGUCAACCGGGUCAAGGUCUUCAGGGGUCCCAAAUGACGGCUCAGGGUGCUGAUGGAACCGCUUACAACGCUUUAUACAACCCUGCUGACAUGGGCGGUCCAGGGGGUAUUCUAUCAGGACGCGGAGUCCCCCAAGGUCUAGACGAAAAAGCCCAGAACUACCAGAUGCAGGUAAUGCUGCUCGAGCAACAGAAUAAGUUGAGGCUCAGGAUAGCUCGACAACAACAGGAUACCAUUGGUAGCAUGCAUGAACGAUCUGGUGGUCCCAAUGGUCGUGGAGGCCCAACUGGGACGAAGGGUCCGCCCUUCCAGCGAGUGUCUCCGCAAGGGAGUAGCCACAUUGUUUCGCGCGACCCGGGGCAGAAGCGAAACGCACCGCAUAUGAACAACGAGAACAUAGAGUCGCCUCUCCCGGAGGGCACGCAGUUCGUCCAUAACGUCCUGAUGAACCAGCAGAUGAUGGAACCCCGCGGCGUGUACACCCAAAGAGAAUUUCCCUAUCCUGGCUCAGAUUGGUCUAGAGUAAUCCAGCGUUUGAGUGAGCUGGAAGAUGAGAACAAACGGCUCAAGGCUCUUGAACAACCAAGCGACCCUCCCCCUAGGCUUCAGGUUUUCCAUAAAAUCCAGGGAAAUUUGUCAACGUACCUGACCGCUCCAUCAUGGAUCACCAGCCCCGAAGAAGAAUGUUCGCUGAUGGGGCAUUCCCCAGUCAUCAGCGAGAACCGGUACCUAGAUGGGAGGCCUGACAUCGCCAUUGUUGUUUACGCGCAUUACAUGGAGGUACCUUGGGAUGACGUUGAGAUGUUCGCGGAGAAUGACUCCCCUCCCGACCCGAAGCCUUUUCGGCACUCCAUAAAGCUUCUCUCGGAGAAGAUAAUUACAGCAAUAAACUCCUUGCUUAGCAAAAUACCUCGACCCGAUGGUGAGUCUUCUGAUUGGGAAACAAGCGGCCUCAUGGAGUCACCCUUUCCAUUCUGGUACUAUUAUCGGUCCUCGUCUGCCCUGUGUUUUGAUCAUCUUUGUGACGAUGAAAAAGAACAUUUGAAGCUUCUUACAGACUGGAUCGAUUAUAAUUACGACGAUGUUUUUGACGAGGCAAAUAGCCUGGCAUCCCGCAAACUUGUAUCCAGGAGAGUGUUUCCUUUAUUGUUCCGCCCCGGCGAUGUCCUCAUUCAAAAGACCGGGCCAGAAGCCAAAGACAUUCGGGGUCUUGUUGCGUCAUCAUGGGUUUGCGACACCCGUUCGCUAGAUAGCGAGAGCGAUGAAGAGGCCUCGCAAAAAAAGACCCAGACGUGGUAUCUCCAGGGUUGGUCUUACGAGUACGACGGAAAAUUCCACCGGCGUGAUGAGAAAGUUCGCUUUGACAUUCAGUCGGCUGGCAGGAACCAGGAAAUUGAUAUCACCAGCCUCAGUGCUUUCCCGGUCAAGUUUGCCGAUGCUGAAGUCAAGCAUAGGUUGAAAAAUCGGGGUCGGAGGUUCUGGAAAUGCCGGUAUCGGGGGAUUGUAUCGUCAACGCAGGGACCCGGAGAGAGAUUCAUGGUUGACUUUUCCACAUAUAGACGCCUCCACCCUCAAAACUACAUCAUGUCAGCCGCCGAUGGUUCCAAAUACAUGACGGACGAGGCCAUGGCAUGCGACAAACCCCCUGAGAUGCCAGAUAUUAUGGUCUUCCCAAGUACUUUCACUGCAUACAAUCUCAGGACCAAAAAGUGGUUGGACAUCCACGUCGACUUGUGCGAGGACGUACAAUGGAACGCUGCUGCCUUCGAUCAUCUGGUAGUCGAAGACAAGACCAAGAAGCUCCUGAAGGCCCUGGUGACUAAUAAGCUCAGGUCAGAUCAAGGCACAGAUAUUAUUGAGGGCAAAGGCAAUGGAUUAAUAGUUCUUCUUCACGGUGGUCCUGGUACUGGUAAGACAUUCACAGCAGAGAGUAUCGCGGAGAUGGCCCAGAAGCCUCUGUUCCGGGUUACAUGUGGUGAUAUCGGUACACAUCCUGAAGCGGUAGAGAAGUAUCUUGAUUCAGUCUUAUACCUCGGCAAGCUCUGGGACUGUAUUGUGCUUCUGGAUGAGGCUGACGUUUUCCUGGAAGAGCGCCAAAUCACUGACCUUGAGCGGAAUGCAUUGGUCGCGGUCUUUCUACGUAUCUUGGAAUAUUAUGAAGGUAUCCUCAUCCUAACCUCCAAUCGAGUCGGAACGUUCGACGAAGCCUUCAAGUCUCGGAUCCAGCUGGCUCUACACUACAAGCCUCUAGAGCAGUAUCAAAGGGCGAAGAUCUGGAGGAACUUCUUCGAUCAUCUCAAAGAUAUAGAGCAGGACGAAAAUACCUCUACGAAACCCCAAGAUGGCCAUGGAAAGGUCGAUAACUGUAGUAAACGAGGGAUUGACUUUGUGGAAAUCUACAGUGCUAUUCCUCAGUUGGCCGCGAAACAGCUAAACGGACGGCAGAUUCGAAAUAUCAUUACACUCGCCCGCCAAUUAGCUCAUGAAGACACAGUCGGCAUGAGUUAUUCCCAUCUACAGGAGGUUAUUGAAAUCACCAGCUCAUUCGAUAAGGAUUUGAAGAUGCUUAAAUAUCAAGAAAUGCAGAACCAGUAA